AUGUCCGCUCUGGCAGCAAGGAGGGCAGCACAGGCUGCCUUGUCAGCAUCCCAACCGUCGACGCCAACUCCCCAACAGAAGGUGCCAGAACCACCUCGCAACGCGACCCCGCAGCCCGAAAGCCCAGAUGCCGGCGAGGCCUUCCUCUCCUCUGACGCCGAGUCCGAGGUGUCGGAGCCUGCCCCACGGACGAGCAAGCGGAGAAAGGUGACCAAAGAGGCACCAAAGGCGACGCCCAAGGCGGCGGCGAGGUACUAUGCCGCUCCGGCUGAGGAGGAGAAGCCCAAGCCCAGGAAGAAGGAGCGCCGGUUCUCGUUCAGCAAGCCGAACGACGACGACAGCAGCUCGGGAAGCGAUGGCGAGGAGGAGGAGGUUGGGGGACAGGACGAGGGCAUGGUGUCGUGGUCUGGAGCACCGAGCCUCCAUGCUGGGCCGUCGCGCCUCGCUCAACAGCCUGCACUCGACGUCGGCAGGUCGACCUUUGUCCCUCGGGAGGGUGUUAACAUCCUGAAGGUUGAUGAGGAGGUGCUUAAGGCUGCGGGAGUGGAGACUCCAGGGCCUGGCGUCGUCGUGAGCCUCGGCGAGGAGGACAGCCUCGUGAUCGCAGGUACCUUCACGGUCACCCCGCUGCAGCAGUCAAUAUCUCUCUUGUCGGCGACUAUCAGGCCAUCUGCCGACACUGUUGAUUCGUAUCCCGUCUACGCGCCGACGUCGCACCCUGUGCCGGUGCUCACCGGCCAGCAGGGGGAAGACACCGAGGUCUCACCUCCGCUGGCUACCCUUGCCCUGCCGAGGAAGUUCCAGCAGGACGCGAGCCGCUCCAUCUCCCUUAUCCAAGAGCUUCACUCUGGGAUUGAGGGGCUGCACGGGAAAAUCGUCCCGGGAUUCAAUAACAUCUGGCUGGACGAAAAGGGAACGUGGGGACUGAGGGGUGUGCAUUUGCUCACGGGGUCGUUCUACACGCCAGUAUAUCCCCACGUCACUCCGCCUUCAUGGAGGAAGGCCCUCGACUCUCUGGACACGCCCGACGUCCAAAACCAGGACGACGACGACUUUGCGUUCGACAGUGGGGACAACGUGCCCGUUGUGCUCGUCAAGGGCCCGAAGAGGAGCGGCAAGUCGUCGUUGGCCAAGGCGUCGCUUAACCGCCUCCUGGAAUCAUUUGAGCGCGUCGCGUGGCUCGAAAGCGAUCUGGGACAGGCCGAGUUUGGUUGUGGCGGUGUUGUCGGCCUUUGGGUGAUUGACCAGCCUGUCCUUGGCCCAUCAUUCACACACCCCCGCGUCCCCGUCAAGGCGCACUACCUCGGCGAAGUCAGCCCCCAGUCCUGUCCGGACGAGUACCUCGACGCGGUGCUCCAACUGCUCCAGUACUACAAGUACGAGGUGCAGAACCCCAUCGAGGGGCUGGGCUCGGCCCCAGUGGGCGGGAAGCGCACCGACGUGAUCCCGCUUGUGGUCAACACGCAGGGCUGGGUCAAGGGGCUCGGCGAGGAGCUGCUGGGCGCGAUAGAGGCGGCGGCAGAACCGACGCGCGUGUUUGCGUUCGAGCAGCUCGACGACGUGCACGCACCGGAAGGGUGGACGACGAGCCCGGUGCUGCCGACCCACGACCUCCCCUCGGCGGCGGUCACGCUCGCCAUCGAGCCGGCCCCCGUAUCGCCUCUGCAUGCACGAUACACUGCCGUCGACAUGCGCGCGCUCAGCACCAUCGCGUACAUGCACGCGCGGCUCGACAGCGGAAGGUGGGACUUCUCGGCACCCCUGCUCGCCGUACCGCCCGUACAGGUCGAGCUCGGCGGCGCGGCGCUGCAGCGCGCCUUCCUCAUCGGCGAAGGCUCGGACGCCGUGCUGCCCUCCGACCUGCCGCUGGCGCUGAACGCAAGCCUCGUCGCACUGGUGGAGGAGGACACCGACGGCGAAACGUAUGUGGCUGGCCGUCCGCAGCCGUCCGCCGAGGAGUCUACCUUCCUCGGCCUGGCGCUCGUGCGCGCCGUGCGUGCCGAGCCAGAACGCACGCUCAGCCUGCAGCUCGUCACCCCGCUCGGCGGCGCCCACCUCGCGCGCGCGUCCGCCCUCGUGCGUAACGGUGCGCUCGAGCUACCCGCCUGCGGCAUGCUCGACUGGCGCGAGCGCCUGAGCGACGAGGGCCUCGCUGGCGUGCGGUGGGACGACGUGCCGUUCCUCGAGGUCGGCGCGUCCGAGGCUGUGGGCGGCGACAGGCGCCGCUUCAGGAGGAACAUCCAGCGCAAGGGCAUGUAGUUUGCAUGGGUCUGUCUUGGGAUGCAUCAUCAUUUGAUCUGG